GAAUGUGGUGCAAAUAGAAAUACUACAAGUACAUAUUUGUGCAGUGAAAAUCGCGAAAAUAAUUUGUGAUAUGAUUAAAAAUUGUGUACACUAAAUAUCGAAUAUUAGUUGAAUAGCAAAAAUUCCAAGAAAUUUUAAUCAAAAGGCAGAAAACGGCCAAAAAAGAAGCAAAAAUUAUUGACGCAUUCAGAUACCAAUUUCCGAGAAGCGCAUUUCUAAUUUAGACCGAAUUCUCAGAAGUGACAGACAAGACAACAGCAAAAACAGCCAGAGGCAACAACAAAUUACAGCGUUGUGUGAGGACGGCAUGGCAUCACGGCAAAGGCAACACAAACAACAACAACACAUUAACUUCUGAUUCCGUUGCGCUGUACUACAUAAUUACACACCUAUGUACAUAGAUAGCAAUUAUCAACUUGUAUAAAUAUCUUCCGAUGGGGCACCGCUCCAGCAAACUAUCUGCUGGCCUCACCAACGGUAACAAAAAUUCUAUCAAGGAAACCUCAUCGUCCACCAAAUUAUCCAAACAUUCGUCACAUCGUCAUUCAACACGUUUUCCAAAAUCGUCUUCACCUGCGAAUAGUGAGAGUAGUAAGAUUUAUAGAAACUCAAUAGCAUCACUUACUAGCAGUAACGUCACCGCUGUCUACGGUGAUAAGUUCUUGCCGAUUUUACGUCUGGAUAGCGAUUCCAUAGCUGACACCUCCAACCUUUCAUCAGUGGCCAGUAAUUCAAGCGGUCAGAUUAUUAUAAAAAUACACUUCAAAACACAUUCGCCGUCUGAGAUGGAUAAUGCACAACAAAACAUACUGCAACCAACAGCUGAGUCACAUGCGCACUCGGUAGCGAAUAACGAUACUUAUCGUCGCUUAGUGGAUACAAAUUCGAAUAAGGUGCUGCCGCACACAGAUGAUGGUGUUGUGGAAGCUGCUGGCAGCUCCAUUAAUUCAAUGUUGAACAAUAACAAUGCCAACAUCAAUAGCAGAGCGUCUCUUCCAAAUAAUUUAAAUGUUUUACGCAUUACGGAACCUUUGGUAGAACAGGAAGCGGAUCGCGCUGGUAACGUUGAGUAUUACGAGGUUAAGGAAGAGAGCCCGGCUACAACGCAUAAUCGGCCGUCAGUGAGUAGUCGACGCCAGAAAGCCAAGUCGGCAUUUAUGAAUUUGAAAAGCAUGCUAGAAUCAUCAACGUCCUCCUCUGGCAGCAGUAAGUCGCAACUAAACAAACUAUCAAAUAGCAGCAACAAUAAUCAUUGCAGUGAUAGCAGCUCUAAUCAUUCCCGUAACACUACUAAAACGCCGCCAGUAGCAGGUGAGGCGCAUUUACGACAAAAGCAAUUACGGCCGUCGAACAGUGAAGUAAGAAUGUCACUACCCACGGUCAGCUCUUCCACCUGUCAGCGUGAUAGUGCUGUUAGGAACGUUAAUUCUAUGACAACUUCCACCUCACAUACUCCUCCAACUCCAGUAUCAAUAACUACCUCAAGUGCAGCGCAUCCAACACCAACAGUGGCGGCAGCAAAUGAGCAGCUUGCCGUUUGGGCAUCCAACAAAGAUCUAAUAAUCUCUUCCAUAAAUGUAGUGGUUUGUCCAACGACAACAACAACGUCGGCGACAGCAACUACGUGUAAGCCAACAGAGCGCGUAACGGUAGCGGAAAUCGGAAACGGUAUUAGAGCUGAAAGCGCGCAGGUCGAAGAGAAAUGCAGCAGUAAUCCACAAACAACUAGUGAAGGUCGCGAUCACACAAAUAUAACGCAAACUUCAAUUACGAAGAAUGCCAUACAUGUCUUAUCUACAGCGACGUCGCCUAUUGUACACUCACAAGUAGAUUUUGUACAUUACCUCGUGCCAGAUUUGGAGCGCAUUUUUAAUUCGAGUUUUUACUGGGGCAAAAUGGAUCGCUAUGAGGCCGAGCGUUUGCUUGAGGGCAAGCCUGAGGGCACAUUUUUACUGCGCGACUCAGCACAAGAGGAAUACUUGUUCUCGGUAACAUUCCGGAAGUACGGACGUUCGUUACAUGCUCGUAUCGAACAGAGUGGACACAAAUUUAGUUUCGACUGUCAUGACCCAGCCGUAUUUAGCACAUCCACCGUGACCGGUUUAUUGGAACAUUACAAAGAUCCCGGUAGCGUUAUGUUCUUCGAACCAAUGCUGACCGUACCAUUCCAUCGCAAAAAAGUAUUCUCGUUGCAACAAUUGGCACGCGCCGCCAUUGUAUCGAAUACCAGCUAUGACGGUAUAUCCGAAUUGGAGCUACCAGUGCGUCUCAAAGCCUUCCUCAAGGAAUACCACUACAAACAGAAAUUGCGCGUGAAACUGCUCGAUGAAAGACUACUUACAUACACCUAGUGUCCGCUGAACGCGGCCAGUUACCGGGCCGCCAUUGUAACCGGCACCAGUACAGUGAGUGCCGGUGACGCCGGUCGCAUAAUGUUGCAUGCAGCUACGUUUGACGUAAAUUUGGGCGCUACUAUUGCGCCUGGCAGUGUUGGAUUGGGAAGCAAUGCUGCCGCACAUUUUGUUGAUGGUUUGGUGAAUAUGCGUGUGGUGUCUGUGGAGGCGCUGCAAGAUCUUGUCGAUCUCGAAGAUCUGCAGCAUGCAAACACAUUCGUUACAUAUGUACAGCACUCCACUGUGGUGGAACAAUUGAACAGUGAUGCCAGCAAUUGUGUGCGCAACGGUGUUUCCAUGAAGCGUCCACGACGUCAACAACUCCUAAAAAUACCAAAUCGCAUGUCAGAAUUACUCAGCCGUGUAACAGCGAAUUUGAACUGUUACAACAAUGUGCAGCGUCAGAGAAGACACCGUCAACGGCAGCAGCAGCAACAGCAACAGACGGAAGGCAUGUCAACGCCAAACCAACAACACUAAGCUAAACAACAAGCUAUAUAAAUAAAUUUAAGACAAUCCCAGUGAAUAGGAAAAUCAAAAUUGCAAACAAAAACUCCAAACGAUGUGUGUGUGACGGACGAAAUGAACAAAGGAUACCUAUGCACAAUUGCAACAGUAUCAAAAAGAAAAGCUCCAACGUCGCUUUACACACUCUUUUUUAAAUUGUACAUGAUGCGGUAUCAAAAUAGUAUUAAGCAGCAGUUAUGUGUUAAGAUGAAUAGUUUGUUGUUACUAGCAAGCAAACAAAAGUAGGCUGGGUUUAGGUAAAUUCAUGCUCAAAGCACGUUUGUAUUUAAGUCCAGCAAAUGUGACCCCCCACUGGUUGAGCACCAAAAUGCAUUUGCGAAAAUAGUAUUUAUGCUAGUUAUCUGGUAGCUUAGUUUAAUGUUGAAUAUAAAAAAAUCUAUUAAAAUUGUAUGUAAUAUAAAAUGUACAUAUAUAUGUAUGUGUGUGUUAUACGCUUGUUACUAUAUUAUAAUUCAUAGAAUAUUUUCGUUUAGUUCAUUCAAAUGUAAAAAACUAGUUUUAUAAUUAUAGUUAAUGUCAUUAUUUAUUUCGCCCAUAAAUAUAUGUGUAUACUAUA